AUGUGGUUCCCGAGACUCCUCCUCCUCCUCCUCCUCCCACACACUAAUGUUACCACAGGCCUCCUCCUCCCUCCGCAGGACUACCAAGUGGACCUGUACCUCCGUCAGGAGUGGGAGGACGAGCGGCUGCGUCACCCGGACAUCACGCGGCCACUGGACCUCAACGACCCCAACCUGGUAAAGGCCAUCUGGAAGCCCGAGGUCUACUUCCCCAACGCCAAGCUCGCGGAGUUCCAGUUCGUGACGGUCCCCAACGUGCUGGUGCGCCUCAACCCAGACGGCAAGAUACUCUACAUGCUGAGGCUCAAGUUGACAUUCGCCUGCAUGAUGGAGCUCUCCCGCUUUCCUCUGGACGUCCAAGUGUGCACCAUGGAAAUCGGCUCCUUCUCCAAAACCACCCAGGAGCUCAACUUGUCCUGGAAGCACGGCGAGCCCAUCAAGAUCUACCGAGGCCUCAAGAUGCCGCAGUUCAACAUCAUCGACAACGAGACGGACCGGUGCCACGAGGACUUCCAGAUAGGAAACUACAGCUGCCUCCGCGCCCUCAUCACGCUGGAGAGGAACAUUGGCUUCCACCUGGUCCAGAGCUACCUGCCCAGCAUCCUGAUCGUGGUCAUCUCGUGGAUGGGAUUCUGGAUGGACACAGACUCGGUCCCGGCCCGCACCUGUCUGGGCGUCACCACGCUGCUCACCGUCUCCAACCAGGCCUCGGAAACGCAGCUGAAGAUCCCCCAAGUGUCCUACAUAAAGGCUUUGGACAUCUGGAUGGGGGUGUGCACGGCCUUCAUCUUCGCGGCGCUGCUGGAGUUCACGGUGGUCAACUACUACUGGCGGAAGAGAGUGAGCGUGCCGCACCACAACCCCUGCCGCACCAAGACCACCUCAGACAGCUGGAUGGAACUCAUGCCGAACGGACGCUUGGCCGAUCAGACCUCCCAGGCCUCCCCGGCGGCUGAGGCACCGGAGUUCACCAUCAGCCAGGCCGACGCUCGCUUCUACCGCCUGCUGGCCUGCCGCAUAGAUGAAGUGUCCCGCUACCUCUUCCCAGCGGCGUUCCUCAUGUUCAACCUGGCCUACUGGUUUUACUACAUGUCACACCGCCACUAGACGCAAGCGCCCCCAGGCAGGAGGGGCGUGCAGGCGUUGCCCGGCCGCCUCCCCGCGUGUUCCAGGCCGCGCUACUACAUGAGUGUGGCUCCGGAGUGUAGGAAACACGACUCACACACCACAUAGUACUAAAACAA